GGCCAAUGGCAGCCUCGGUCUCUCUCCGCCCAGCGAGCCAAGCGUGGGAAGAAGCAGCCUCCGUUUCCGCGGUCCUGCAGGUUGUCGUGGAGGGAAAGCGCGGCUGGUCCGUCUCCCGUUUUGUCCCCGGUAGGUGCGGGCGAGAGGGAAGCCAAGUCCCCCGGAGGAGCUUCGGCCACCAGGAUGAGGAGCUGCCCGUCUCUGGCCGCCCCGCGCGAAGUUUUGCAAGACUACCUGGCUUUCUACCGCGCGAACUGGGCGGAAGGCAAACUUCGCCUUUGCAACGAAGCGCCGCUGAAGAGUCGCGCCGGCUUUCAGGCGGGCAAGUGGGACGUCGGGGCGAUCGCCGAGAGCUGCUGGGCUAGGCUGCGGGGCCGGCGGGAAGCCGGCGCCGUCUUCCGCAAACUCAGCCAGGCUUUCGGCUACUUGGAGCUGCUGGGCGUCAACCUUUGCCUCUCGCCCUGGAGGAAGGAGAUCAAGUCGCUGAAGACUUUUACAGGCAACUUUGUCUACCAUGUAAAGUCCAUCCUUCCAGAAAGUGUAGUACAACAGCUGCUGUCCGAAAUCGGCUACGUUGCCACCUCUGCUACCGAAUAUUCCCUGGUCAGAAAACUAAGCGAGGAAGAAGCGGAGAACACGGCAUUUGAAAUGUUCCUUGCAAGAAUUGAAUGCGAAAACCUUCUUGAAGUUGCAGAGGACAUGAAAGACAGUGACCUCGCUGAUAUCCUCCAGAAGAGGGCCCAGAAACAUGGUCUUCCAUGUGUUGGCUUAGCUAAAAAGCAGGAACACGCACAAACAAAAGAGGAUGUGGCCAUUGGAGAAAUCAACGGGACACCAAAUCCUGCAAUGGCCUACUUGAGUCAUAGCCAGAGUGCCUUCAAAGAGCAGGACAAGAUGGAGCAUGGCAAGAGCUUUGGUCUCCGAUGCAUUACAACAGAGAUUCAGCCAGCAGCUUCCAAAGAGACUCCCGAGCACGACAGGAAUCAAAACCAAACGGAGGAAACCUCGACACACUCCUGCAUCAGAAGCACGGACAGUGAGGACUUUCUGAUUAAAUACAGCGACAUUGUCAUUGGACAACAGCCUCUCCACUUCUCUACCUCUUCAUCUAGAGCAACCAAUGAGGAGGCCUGGCUUACUGAAACAAGGCUGGGCCUACCAACCUGUGGGGAAGAAACCCUCCCUCAUCUGCCUUCUGAGGAAAGUGGUCCUCAGGCCCUAGCUAUCCUCAACGAUUCUACGGUGGUAAGCAAAGCUCCUUACAAUUACCAGAUUCGACGAACGAUGAAUGAAUCCAAAAUCUGCGAUGCCAUGAAGCGUCUGGGCAUUCCUGGGUCAGAUACACUUGACGAACCCAAAGAACUGAAAGGUAGCAUGGCGCGGCAGUCACCUAACUCCUCCAGUGACUUGGCCUUGAUGGUAGAUAAGCCGAAGAACAAGGAAGACUACGUAGAGAGGUUGAUGUAUCCCGUGGAAGAAACGGCACGACCAGAGUCUGCAAGGAGCCACCGAGUCCCUGAAGAACGUUAUCCUCCUGAGAUGAAAUCUGCCAACCUCUCCUGUGGAGACAACGACAAUGUGGACCUUUAUUCGUCAGAUCACUUCAGUCAUAUCACCGGGUGCAGAUAUCCUACGCCUGGUCCGAGUCAUAGCAGACAUCUAGAUGUCCCAAUUUUAACCUGUCCCGUUCCCACCGAGGAUCAGUACUGUGGUGACAUUCCAACAGGUAUUCAGCCUAGGCGAGAAAGAUGUCCCCUUCAUUCCUCUUCGGCGAACUUCGAUACUCGUGGGGCGCAUGGGAACGAACCUAGCCUAGACAGUUAUGUUAUUAUUAAGAAAGAUAAUUAAAAAAAUAGGUCCCUCAGAGUUCUAGGACCAGCAAGUCAGGAUUUACUGAGCUGCAGCAAGAUUGGCGAUACGGUCUCGUAAGAGCACUGGGGUGUCUACAUGCUUCUCAUCCAGUGUUAAAAUCUUGCAAGAGAGGAUCGUGGGAUGUUUCAUAGGACUUCCAAUGUGCUCAGCUAAGACCUCAUGAGAGGUUUAGCAUCAUCUUACAGUGAGAUCAUUGAAAGAACAUUAUACUUUUAAGGGGAAAAAAAUCACGAUUCCUUCCAUUUCCAAGGAAGGAAUUUUCAUCCACUUAUGCAGCUCCAAAAUCUCCUCUGAACUUCCCUCUCUGUGCUCAUGGCUUAAGGCAGGGGUCAGCAACUCGCAGCUCUGGAGACGCAUGUGGCUCUUUCAUCCUUCUGCUGGGGCUCCCUGUCACUCAAAAUAUGCGUCACAACUGCCAAUGUGUGAUACCCACCGGCAAAUGAUUUAUUGAGCUUUUCAACACCCGGUAGGCCUACCAUGGAUAAAUCUAAGGAAAAAAAAGUUUCAGAAGAAAACAGAACAUUUAAUUCAACUACAUAUGCUAGUUCUGUGACCACUCAGAAAAUAGGUCAGGCACGGGAAGGGUUUUGUGGCUCCUGGUGUUUUCUCUUCUGUGGGAAAUGGGUCCAAAUGGCUCUUUUGAGUGUUUAAGGUUGCCGACCCCUGGCUUAAGGGUUGGCAGGCAUGCUAGACAAAAUCAAACUCCAAGACUUGAGUUUCCUCAAAGCCAAUUUUUAUUAAAGAUGUCAUAAUGGCACAUAUGGGAAAACCCGAAUCUGAUAGCUUCUGGAUUUCCUCACCCAAAAGAAAAUUCAAGUCCUUGCCCUUCACCCACAUGUCCAAUCAGGUGACCCUCUGGAACAGAGGAUACCUCCUCAUUCUUCUCCGCACAGCUGCAGGGCACAACGGCCUUGACUUUCUAGAAAGAACGUUAUUUUGACUACCUAUCAUCUUCACUCCAUACAAUCCUUUCGCCCUCCCAUUUUCCCACAGUAGAAUUUGUGGCAGGCCUGAAGGCUCAAAAGUGAAAAGAUGGCUUCCAGAUCCGACAGGUACACACUUUGGGGAGAACACAGGUGCUGUCCCUUUCUUCCUUUUUUAUGCAGUCCCUAAGUGCCUCUGAAAGUUGUCCAGGAUAACUCUACAAAGCAGGAAUGCUUUGGUGAAGUUUCUCUUGAGCGUUUUCUGUUCUUCAGAUUUAAUCGAAGAAAUGUUGUGCACUUUAACACACAAAUUACAGGUAGUCUUCAUUUAGCAACAAGAAUUGGAACCAGCAACUUGGUUGUUAAGCAGUCAUCCAAAGAAACCACCAUUCUUUAUGAUCUUACUUCAGCUUUCCUUUGCUUUAAAGCUGAGGUGGCGCAGUGGUUAGAGUGCAGCACUGCAGGCUACUUCAGCUGACUGCUAGCUGCAGUUCAGCAGUUCAAAUCUCACCAGCUCAAGAUUGACUCAGCCUUCCAUCUUUACGAGGUCGGUAAAAUGAGGAAUCGGAUUGUUGGGGGUCAAUAUGUUGACUCUGUAAACCGCUUAGAGAGGGCUGUGAAAGCACUCUGAAGCGGUAUAUAAAUCUAAGUGCUAUUGCUACUGCUAUUGCUAUUAAAGGCCUGUGAAGUUCAUAGUUGUAUUACGUUUUCACUUCUCUGAAUGGCCGCUGCCUUAGGCAGUCACUAAACAAGAACUACCUCUAAGAAAAUGUUAUUGGAUUAUCUGGAUCCUGAUGUCAGUUCAUAACAGGCUGUUUCAUAAAUUCAUGAAUCAUGUUAAAUGUUAAAUACAAUUGCUGUUAAAUGUAGGAAAUAUAUACGGAAACAUAGAAUAUCAAAUGGCUUGCAUAGCUCCAAGUUUGUUCGUUUGGUUAAAUUGUUAUACCUUUCUGUUAAGAUUCUAUGCAAGGUUGAUCAGACACGAUGAAAGAUAAUGUAAGCUGCUUCUAUACUGAAAUAUAACCACAAAUAAUUGGAUAGGAAACAAUUCAAGAAUGUUGGUGUGACUUUUUUUUUUUUUAAAGAAAAAGCAUAUUGGACUCCACAGGAAAUUUGAGGAGGUAAGCAUUUAAAUUUUAGUAUGGUCUAACAACAGGGACUCAGUGGCUAAGACACUGAGCUUGUCGAUCAAAAGGUCAGCAGUUCAAGCGGUUUGAAUCCCUAGUGUUGUGUAACUGGGUGAGCUCCCGUUACUUGUCCCAGCUUCUGCCAACUUAGCAGUUCAAAAGCACGUAAAAAAAAUGCAAGUAGAAAAAUAGGCACCACCUUCGGUGGGAAGGGAACAGUGUUCCGUGCGCCUUUGGUGUUUAAGUCAUGCCAGCCACAUGACCACGGAGACGUCUUCGGACAGCGCUGGCUCUCCAGCUUUGAAACGGAAAUGAGCACCGCCCCCUAGAGUCGGGAACGACUAGCACAUAUGUGCGAGGGGAACCUUUACCUUUACAGUGUAGCAAAAAAAAAUAAAAACAAAAAUGAAGGAAAACAUAAUUUCUUUUGAAUCACCCAUGGAAAAGCCAUUUGGAUCCCAAAUAUGUUGAGCGAUGCUAAACUUCUUGUAUCUCUUUUUGGUUUUCUUUUAUUUGUUUGGCUUUUUCAGGGCUUGUGGAUAAACAUUUUGUCCCGUCCGCAAUCAGACAACUAGAACAAGUCUGUCCAAAAAUGUCUUGUAAUAAUGAACCAGCAGCCAACAUACUAUGCAUACCAAAGUACCAAUAUAAUCAAUAGCCUGUCAGGUUUCAUUGAAAAUACUUUCAAUACUUAGUGAAGGAAUGCAUGUGAAAACGUUCAAUCAUUUCUCACCACCGAUGCAGGUAGUCCUCAACUUACAACUACAUUUUAUGUUGCUAAGUGAAGCAGGCUGUUAAGUGAGUUUAGCCCCAACUUAUGACCUUUCUUGCCACUGCCGUUAAAUGAAUCACUGCAGUGACUUAAGUCAGUCACAGAGUUAAGCGAAAUCUGGCUUCCCUAUUGACUUUGUUGGAAGGUCGCAAAAGUUUUUAUCAUGUGACCCUGGGAUGCUGUGACCGUCAUAAAUCUGAACCAGUUGCCAAGCACCUGAGUUUUGAUCACAUGACCAUGGGGAUGCUGCAACGGUCAUUAAGUGUGAAAAAUGGUCAUGUCGCUUUUUUUCCAGUGCUGUUCUGAUUUGAACAGUCACUAAACGAACUGUUAUAAGUUGAGGAUUACCUGUAUUUUGACUGCCUGUUCUUGGUUAUUUCUAAUCAUGUUACUCCAGUUCAUUUUGUGCUUCUGUGCCAAUACCGCUCAGCUGAGGAACUUGUUGGACUUCCGUUCUCAUCCGCUUCAGCUAAUACGACCAAUAUUCAGGGAACAUGAGCUUGGGACCCUUGCAAUUGAAGGGGUGACGGCUUAUCUCUCUACAAGAGGGAAUUUUAUAAAAAAAUAAAAUUCUGAAACCGAACCAUUCCACUCAUUGCCACAAGCGGCUGAAGUUCAAGGCUCAGAACAUGCAAUGCUUAUAAGUAAUGCGUAAAAAAAGCUAAGGUAGAAUUCCUGUGAAAUAUUUUUUUUUAUUUCUUCUUGAAAAGCACUCCUUCUGGAAUUAAAAAAAAAUAUAUAUUCUUGAUCUGUCUUCAUUUUAUAACAUUACCGUCGCAUUCCAAAUGGUAAGCUGUCCUUUCUUGGGUCUGCUUAGAAUAAAGUGGGCCAGUUUGGUGUAGUGGUUUAAG